AUGAAUGCUGAGACUUGCGUCUCUUACUGCGAGUCGCCGGCUGCUGCCAUGGACGCCUACUACAGCCCGGUGUCGCAGAGCCGGGAGGGCUCCUCGCCUUUCAGGGCAUACCCCGGCGGCGAGAAGUUCGGCACAACUUUCCUCUCGGCCGCCGCCAAAGGGCAGGGAUUCGGAGACGCCAAGAGCCGGGCCCGCUACGGCGCGGGGCAGCAGGACCUGGCGGCACCCCUGGAGAGCGGCGCCGGGGCGCGGGGCUCCUUUACCAAGUUCCAGCCGCAGCCGCAGCCGCCGGCCCCGCAGCCGCCGCCGCCGCCGCCACCGCCGCCGCCGCCGACCGCGCAACCCCCGCAUCUCUACUUGCAGCGCGGCGCUUGCAAGACUCCCCCGGACGGCAGCCUCAAACUCCAGGAAGGCAGUGGCGGCCACAACGCGGCCUUGCAGGUCCCCUGCUACGCCAAAGAGAGCUCCCUGGGUGAGCCGGAGUUGCCGCCAGACUCUGACACCGUGGGGAUGGACAGCAGCUACCUCAGUGUGAAGGAGGCUGGAGUGAAGGCGCCCCAGGACCGGGCCAGCGCCGAGCUGCCCAGCCCGCUGGAGAAGGCCGACUCCGAGAGCAACAAGGGCAAGAAGCGGAGGAACCGAACCACCUUCACCAGCUACCAGUUGGAGGAGCUGGAGAAGGUCUUCCAGAAGACCCACUACCCCGACGUGUAUGCCCGGGAGCAGCUGGCCAUGAGGACAGACCUCACCGAGGCCCGCGUGCAGGUCUGGUUCCAGAACCGGAGGGCCAAGUGGAGGAAGAGGGAGCGUUUUGGACAGAUGCAGCAGGUUCGAACCCACUUCUCCACUGCCUACGAGCUGCCCCUCCUCACCCGAGCGGAGAACUAUGCCCAGAUUCAGAACCCGUCCUGGAUCGGCAACAAUGGGGCUGCCUCACCGGUGCCAGCCUGUGUGGUCCCCUGUGACCCGGUGCCCGCCUGCAUGUCCCCUCACACCCACCCCCCGGGCUCCGGGGCCAGUGGAGUCACCGACUUCCUGAGCGUCUCCGGGGCUGGCGGCCACGUGGGUCAGACACACAUGGGAGGCCUGUUUGGAGCGGCGGGCCUCAGCCCAGGCCUCAACGGCUACGAGCUCAAUGGCGAGCCGGACCGCAAGACCUCGAGCAUCGCGGCCCUGCGCAUGAAGGCCAAGGAGCACAGUGCGGCCAUCUCCUGGGCCACAUGA